AUGGUAAAGACGAAGUUCACAAGGAAUGGAAGGGAGGUAAUGAUUUUCGGAGCGAUGAGGAAUUUCGAUUACGGGAGUGACGAAGCAGUUCAAGAGUCGAAGAAGGGUGGAGAACGCGAUGCUUCUGUGAGUUUGCCAUCGCUGGAGAGAUCGAGGAUUCAUAAAAGUGUUGAAGGGAUAUCGAUGCUGGCAUCUACAGAGGUGUCGAAGGUGUCGAAGGCGUCGAAGACUAGGAGGGGAACUUCAUAUGGGUCGCCUGCGUCAUCUCCGGAGAAGACCACGAGGAGGGGAACUUCAUAUGGGUCGCCUGCAUCAUCUUCGGUGAAGGCCACGAGGCGUGGUUCAACUCUGUCUCCUAGAGUUUCGAAGAAGCAGAAGGUAAAUGUGGCUCCUUCUGGUGAUGACAGAGAAGAAUGGCCAGAGACUGAGAUGUUGGCAUCAACAGUUGCGAAGAAGACAAGGCGGGGAACUUCAUCUGGCGGGUCGCCUAUUGAGGAAUUUGGGGAUAUAGGUGAUGAUGGUAGGGAAGAUGAGAACGGUAUUGCUGGCAUUGAGGAAGUUGGUUGUACAGAUUUGAGUCUUUAUUUUGGUGAUAAAGCAAAAAAUGAUGACUGUGAGGUUGAUGAAGACGAAGGCGAUGAUGAUGCAUGGGAUGAUGAUAAAAUCCCUGAUCAUUUGUCAUCAGAUGAUGAGAAUGAAGAGGAGAUGAGACCUGCGCAAGCUUACAGAGAAGACACUGAUCCAGAGGAGCUCCUUCAGCUAGGCAAGACAUUUUCAAAUGCUGAGGACUUCAAACAUGCUUGUCUGAGGUAUACCCUGAAAACCAGAUACAACAUCAAGUACUACAUAUCCAGUAGCUUGAAGAUGGGUGCAAAAUGUGCCGCUGAGAUGAGAGAUGAUGAGGCUCCUUGUCCAUGGAUGGUCUACUGUUCGUAUGAUAGGAGGAAACAGAAGUUGAUGGUAAAGACAUAUGUCAAUGACCAUAAGUGUGAGAGGACAGGGUAUUCGAAGAUACUUAAGAGGUCAGCAAUUGCAAGUCUAUUUGCUGAGAGGUUACGGCUGAAUCCUAAGCUCACGGCAAAGGAGAUAAAGGCUGAGAUAUUGAGGGAGUAUAAGAUGGAAGUUUUAGAAAACUCAUGCAUUAAGGCCAAGACGAAGGUGAUGAAAGAAAGGAGGAAGACCCAUGAGGAGCAUUUUGAUAAAAUCUGGGAUUACCAAGCAGAGAUAUUGAGGAGCAAUCCUGGAUCAACCAUGGAAAUUGAGACCAUACCAGGAGCCACGGUUGGAAGCAAGCAGCGGUUCUACAGACUCUACAUGUGUUUCCAAGCACAAAAGGAAGCAUGGAAGAAGACUUGUAGGCCUGUUAUUGGCUUAGAUGGAGCCUUUUUGAAAUGGGACAUCAAGGGACAGUUGUUGGCUGCGGUUGGAAGAGUUGGAGACAAUAGGAUUGUCCCUAUUGCUUGGCCUGUAGUGGAGAUAGAGAAUGAUACAAACUGGGAUUGGUUUGUGAAGCGUUUGGCCUUGGAUUUGGGAUUGGAAAAUGGGAACGGCUUUGUUAUAAUGUCUGACAAACAAAAGGGAUUAGUAAAAGCAGUUCAUACCCUCCUUCCAGAAGCUGAGCAUAGACAGUGUUGUCGCCAUAUCUACGAGAACUGGAGGAAAGGUGGAAAAGAUCUAAGGUUACAGAGGUUCUUCUGGUUCAUUGCAAGGAGCUACACUCCUGGUAUGUUCAACUACAACAUGGACGAGCUUAAGAACUAUGAUCUUGGCGCACAUGCAUCUCUGAUAAAGACAAAGCCAGAGACUUGGUCUAGAGCUUUCUUCAAGAUAGGUUCCUACUGCAAUGAUAAUCUGAACAACUUGUGUGAGUCCUUCAAUAAGACCAUCAGGGAGCCUAGGAAGAAACCUCUGCUAGACAUGUUAGAGGAGAUAAGGCGCCAAUGUAUGACUAGGAACUACAAUAGGUCUAAGAUGGCUAAGGACAGGAAGACUAGGUUCACCCCGAAGACGCAUAAAGAGUUAGACAGGGUUGAGAAGAAGUCAAAAGAAUGUAGUCUGCGUUGGGCAAUUGGGCCAGAGACUGAGGUGGAAGAUAGAGACCAGUUAUAUGUGGUGAAUUUGGAGAAUGAGACUUGUGCAUGUCGAAGCUGGCAAAUGAAUGGUAUUCCAUGCAUCCAUGCUGCUAAGGUCAUCCUUGGUGUGGGAAGAAAACUCUCUGAAUUUGUUGCUCCUUUCUACACAACCUCUAAGUGGCGUGAAACCUACAGUUUUGGGAUCAGACCUGUAAAUGGGAUGAUAGAGUGGCCUCGGACCAAUAGAUUAGGUGUGAUUCCACCACCUAAUCGAAAUGGCAAGCCUGGUAGGCCUAAAAACCAUGAUCGAAAGAAGGGAACCAAUGAGACAGUGUCUACUACCAAGCUGAGUCGUGCGAACAGGGUAAUGACUUGCUCUAAUUGCAAAGAAGAAGGGCACUACAAGAAUACAUGUCGGAAGGCUUUUGUUGAGAGCCUACCUAAGAAACUAAGAGGCAAACCAAGGAAAUAUCAGGGACUACACUUUGGCGAGUCACAAGCUCAAUCCUCAGAAGCUCAAACCUCACAAAAUCAAUCCUCACAAGCUCAAGCAUCACCAUGGGAAGUUCCUCAAUCUUCAUAA